CUGUGGAGGGGCGGCGCCACCAGCACCUGGAAGCAGCCGAGCAAAAUCGAUUUUCGGAAACGGCAGGCUGAUAUAUAUUUUCGCCGCGACUGGGCCGAAAGUGAGCGAGGUGGCGAGCGCGGGGACUUUGGCCGAAGCCGGGAUGGAGUCGAGCCAGUAGGCAGGCCUGUCGGCAUCCGUCGGCGUCGGCAGAUGCGCCGAAACUAGCUCCCCGACCGCGACACACUUCCAAAGAUGGGGAAUUCAGCAACUAGCCAAGCGAAAAAGGGCGACACCGCCGAGUACGUUAAGGAGUACCUGGAGCGUGUCAAGGAAGAGUUCGAGGAGAAAUGGAAGAAGAACCCGACCAAUACUGCGGCCCUGGACGAUUUUGAUCGCAUCAAGACCCUCGGCACCGGAUCCUUCGGAAGGGUCAUGCUCGUCCAGCACAGAGCGAGCAAAGAGUAUUAUGCCAUGAAGAUUCUAGAUAAGCAGAAGGUCGUCAAACUCAAACAGGUGGAGCACACAUUGAACGAGAAGCGCAUCCUGCAGGCGAUUAGUUUCCCGUUCCUGGUCAGCCUGCGCUUCCACUUCAAGGACAACUCAAACCUAUACAUGGUGCUUGAGUACAUCCCUGGUGGCGAGAUGUUCUCGCAUCUGCGCAAGGUGGGCCGCUUUAGUGAGACGCAGUCACGCUUCUACGCGGCGCAAAUCGUGCUGGCCUUCCAGUACCUGCACUUCCUUGACCUCAUCUACCGAGAUCUGAAACCAGAGAACCUGCUGAUCGACAGUCAGGGAUAUCUCAAGGUUACAGACUUUGGUUUUGCGAAAAGAGUGAAAGGUAGAACUUGGACAUUGUGCGGCACCCCUGAGUACCUGGCGCCCGAAAUCAUUCUGAGCAAGGGUUACAACAAGGCGGUGGACUGGUGGGCGCUGGGCGUGCUCGUUUAUGAAAUGGCCGCUGGCUACCCACCCUUUUUUGCCGACCAGCCCAUCCAGAUCUACGAGAAGAUCGUGUCUGGCAAGGUGCGCUACCCCUCGCACUUCAGCUCAGAGCUCAAGGACCUCCUGAGGAACUUACUACAGGUUGACCUGACCAAAAGGUUUGGAAAUCUGCGCAACGGCGUCAACGACAUCAAGAAUCACAAGUGGUUCUCGUCGAUCGACUGGAUCGCCAUUUACCAGAAAAAGGUGGAGGCGCCGUUCACGCCGCGUUGCAAGGGUCCCGGAGACACGAGCAACUUCGACGACUACGAAGAAGAGGCUCUCAGGAUCAGCUCGACUGAAAAGUGCGCGAAAGAGUUUGCCGAGUUCUAAAGCCGCAACGAACCCUGACUGGCCCACACAAAAGAAAGAAAGAAAUGCAGGAAAUGAAUUACAGUUAAAGCUAAGUAGAAAGACGGGACAGGAGCCAACGCCGGCAGCUGGGGUCCGGUGUGCAGCGGUGACUUCUUCAGCCGAGCUAAACCGAAAACACACAUUCCUCCGAUUUUGCGUUUUGUUGAGAGCACUCGGUUGCUGGGCCGCCAGAAAAAUCGCCGAACGACACGGGUUGACAAGUUUCAUUUUGUGCCAUUUCCAAGAACACCUCCCGCCUUUUUGGUUUCCGGGCGCGGUUUCUCCUCCCCCGGCGGCCUGCUCUGCGAGUGAGAGCGACUUAGGUGUUAGAUUUUUGUACUGCCGCGGUCACCGUAGCCCCGAGCCCCACCCGAUCGACAAGCGGCCCACUAGCUGAGUAAGGGUUCUGGUGUAACAAUCAAAGAUAUCAAAACUGAGAUACAAUCGAGCGGCGAACCGAGCCAGCCGGCGGACAGACAGCGUGCCAAAAGGCGCCUUCAUUCCAAUUUCCGAGCGAGCUUCGGAACGACUUCUUUUCAGCCGAAUUCGACCUCAUCGGGUUGGGAGGUUCUGGUGCUUUGCGACCCAACGUAUUUUAUCUUGCUUGCUUUGUGAUCUCUUGUGCAUUUUAAAGCGAAAAGCAACCACCAGGCUAGUCUUCCACCCACCGUUUCACGCAGGGAAUCCCAACUUGAUUUCUUCGCGAGUGGAGCACUGCGAAUUCCAGGAAUGUCCGCCCGCCGUUCUAAUGGUGGACACGCUUUCUGGUGUCCGUAUUAACUUUCGGAUACUUUGCGUUUCUUAAAACAAAUCUAAUCGAUCAGGAAAGUGUUGCGUGCAUCUUUUUGGCUACCCUCCCUGCUUGAAAGCCCCAGAGAAAAAUCAAUCGUGCAUUUUCCCGGAGAUGCAAGCGCCUUACACACACACACACAAACAUUCACGAGCAAAGUGGCCUUUUCAGGGGCGCUGUCGGCCGCUCGGUUCUCGGCCAGCCGCGAUUUAAGUAAGUGUUGUGCUAAAGAGAUUCAUUCAUUCGUUCCCCCGCACCCACCACUUGGCAUCCGUAAGGUUAAAAGUCAGUCGAUGUUCUCUCCGCUCUCUUCUCCCGCUAUCUCCAUCUGUAUCUCUGUCCGCGCAAGAAAUGGUCGUGCCCUCAACCAUCCACUAUUAUACACAUUAAUGACAAGUAAAUCAAUGUGCUGUAGCUGCAAAAACAAGGAGUUGCUGACGAACAAGACAAACAAACACGAGUAAAUCAAAAUGUCCAAUUAUAUUAUUAUUACAAGAUAUCUCCCGCUAUCGACUCUAUCGCAAGAAGUGCUGCUUGCCCGAAAACUACUCGCUCCAUCGAGACGAGCAGGAGAUUAGAGGAAAUUAUUAAUAUAUAUUAUAUUACACACACACUACUAUUAUUAUACGAGAAAGGAAGAAAACUACUGAACGAGCCGACGAGUCAAUCUGUGUUCACUCUCUGACUAUCUUUCCUACUACUGAGCUGUUGCUGAAAUGUAAUACACAAGACAUGAUGAGUUUUGUCGAUCGAUUUUUGAUAUAAAACGCAAGCUUCACUCUUGGACCCGCCGCGAGAACAACACUUUUGUGUGGAAAUAUAACGCUCUCUCUCUCUCUCUCUCUUCUCACCCUGAAAACGCAGGCUCAAAAAAUAACUCAAAACGUUUCGAGAAUCUCGCUGUCGUUUUAUCCGUUUUGGUGAUGUUCCUGAGCCGCAAAUUGCAUCGAAAACUACACUAUGACAGUCCUCAAUUUUGCAUUCAAGAAUCUCUUUUUCGCCGGUACUUGAGUAGUGUGUAGACCUGGGAAACAAAGUUUUUGUGUAACUCGGGAUCGUCAACCUGUGCCCCGCCCGCCGCCGUAAUUUGUAAAGAGAGUUAAAUCGUGUGUAUAUUUAUCGUGGAAAAUGUAGCCGUCUUUAUCAUCUCAACAAACAACAUAUCUCUGCGCUCUUGGUGGCUCAAAAUUAUCGCUGGGUUUUUCCGAGAGGGUUACAAAGUCGGUAGAACGAAUUCUCUUGAGCCUUUUCCGUGCAUGAUCCGAAAAAUAUUGUUAUAUAAAUGCUGAAAAUUCGAUUUCUUUCGUUUUGCGAAAUUGGCCGAGUCACAGAACCCUUGCUGGGAGACGAGCAAUUGCAGCAUGCAUCUGGACCACUCUCUUUUAUUUUUAUCGCUACCUUAUAUUUUUGCCGAUCGGUCGAAAAGAUUCGGUUUUUUCUGCGUUGACCCGUUCGGGUCGUCUCGUAAAGUCAUUCCAAGGAAACCAUGCUUACAAAUUAAUCCGCCUGCACGAGAGUGGUGCGUCAGCUUUUUAUGUCCGAUUGAUUUCUGUUUUUCAUAAAUCGAUCACGAUUCGCUUGUCAAUGCAUUAUAAACAAAGCAAAAUGGAUGUAUAGCUCUACUUGUGAUGUAAAUAUAAAAUGAGCAUAACUGAGGCAAAAAGAAUCUAAAUUCGCUUUUGCGUCAUUCCGCAGUGAACGCAACUGUCAGCCGACGAAGGUGCUGGAAAUAUUAUUUUUCCCUCGAUUUGGAACUAUACAUGAGAAUCUCUGCAAGAAAAUCAAGAUUUUUUACUGUGCCUAUUAGUAGAACAUUAUACUUGGUGGCGCCGGCAAUUUGCAGUUAUUUACUCUGCCGAAUAACGCAAAAGGCAAAAAAUUAAACGUGUAACAUCGUUAAACGCUAAAACGAGUCCACACACAAUACACGCCCGCAAUCAAAUUCACACUGAUGUAUUCAAUGAAAAACGCUAUGGUUGUACGAAGGGAGAAGUUCGACAGAACUCUUCUUAAUCAAUUCUUACCUGUUUAGUCACUUACGUUUCAACUUUCUAUUUUUAACACAAAUACACGUCGCCUUUGUAUACCCCCUUGCGUCACUCCCCUGCUCUCGUCGUGUACAUAUUUUAUUUGUUAUUAGUUGUUGAUUAAUAAAUUAAUUAUUGUUAAUUUUUGUCGAUAAUAAUGUGAUGGAUACUUCAUAUACUCAUUUCUUUCGAAAGAAGAAACAAACGAACGUGCACAGAUGCCAUUUAAUUUAACUUUUGACGAGUAAAAUGUCUUGUUGAUUAAUUUUAAUUCCUGUUUGCUAGUCUGUGGUCGAAACUUUGAAAUUUGUGUUUAUUGGCACGAUGAAAUUAAGUAUAAAUUUAAUAUUAUAUUCUAUUGAAUGUUGACCAAUUGGUGAAUCGAUGAAAAUUGUUUUGAUCGUCUAAUCUCAUGUCUGUCAAAAUUUCCGCCUGUCUUUCGAGCUGAUGAGAUUUCUGGAAAGAGAACCAAUAAAAUAUGUAAUGUUGUACUAUGCUGUUUGGGUUGUGGAUUAUAAUUAGCAGCAUGAAUUAAAUGCGCUGGAUGUGUUACAUUGAAUAAUAAUUAUUUUUCAAUUAAAUGGAUCAACUUGUAUCACUAUGGUGUGGCAGCUUCUAAAUGUGGGAGAAAAUUCUAUAGAUAGGGUUGAGAUGUUUUCGUGAUUACAAAAUGGUUAAAAUGCAGAUUAAACAGAAGCAAA